AAAGUCGAGUUCACCGUGGCAGAUAUCGGCCUCAUUCUCAAAACGCUCUGGCUCUGCGCCGACCUCAUCACCUUCGUCCUGCCCAUCCAGCGCGUCAUCUUCCACGCACUCGUCCUCCUCUUUUCUUUCGGCUUCCGCCAGGGCAUGAUCAUCGGGAUGAAAUACGAAGACGUCACCGUUGCCGUCAUCCGGGACGAGGACAACCGGCGCCGUCUCGUCACAACCUUCAACAUCAACCGCAACAAGCUCCGCGCCAACGCCCUCGAGCACACCAAAGGCGACUCUUUCGAAUUCACCACGACGCUUCUCCCUUACGCGCUUUUCUGCCUGACGCAUCUCGUCUGCGCGGUGGGGAUCUAUUUCGAAGCCUUCGAGGCCGAUUAUCAGUCUAUUGAUGAGAUGCUCAGCACGCCAAACCUCGAGACAGUCGACUACGUGCACCUCAAAUGGAAGAAGGACAAGCUGGAGGACCCGAUUUUUCCCAUGUCGUACACCUCCUUCUGGCGUACCCUCCGACGCGUGCUCCUCGUCGCGGGCUUCAACACCCUCGCACGCAUCUACGCCUUCCGCCUCGGCGCGCUGAUGGAGUACGACGGCUCCCUCACGUCCGCCGUCCGCAACUUCAUCGCCAGCCACACCACCAAGAUGUUCGAGGACAACUACCAGACCAAGCAUGUGCGCGAAGACCUUGCCCACCACCGCUUCGGCGCCGCGGCAGGCGGCCAAGCCAACGGGCCCUUCUUCACCGCCAUGCGCGACCUCUCCAAGCAGAGCGACCCCGGCGCGCCGAUCGAGGCCUCGGCAGAGCAGAAGCGCAGCAUCGAGAGCCGGCGCGACAUUACCCGCAUGCGCGAGGAGCUCGAAGCUGCCCAGAAGGCGCGCCCCUACAACAAGGCCGCUGUCGCCAAGGCCAAGGCCACACUCGACCAGCGCCGCCGCACGCUGUACGACCUGCUCCUGCAGAACGCGCGCGCCAAGUACUUUGCCGAGGCGAAUGCGCUCCGCUCCGCCGGCAAGUCCACCGAGGAGCUCCGCGAGAAGUCCCGGCCCGCCAAGCGCGACUGCGACCAUGCUAUGGUGGACGUCGGCUGUCUCGUGGAGCUGUGGACGGGCGAGAGGGGCUUCGGCAACCGCAACCGCAAGAGCGCCGAGGAGCUUGUCUUUGACGUCAGGGCCGAAGGACGCUCCGAGAAGGCCAUGACCUGGCUGGUCUCGUACGUGCGCAAGGCGUGGGACAGUCUGCGGCCCUCCCACAUCGUCCCGAUGCCGGAGCAAGCGGCCACGACAGAUGCGGCGCUACCGAAGACGCGCAAGGCGAAAAAGACCAAGGGCACGAACGCGCAGCAGGAAGAGGACGGAGACAAGGCGGAGAAGACGUCGAGGGAGAGGGCGAGGAAGUGGAGGUGCCUUCUCUGCAAAGUCACGCCUUACAAGGACCGCUCCUCCCUCACACGGCACACCAAAGAGAAGCACAUCGCCGGCGGAGACUUCAGCAAGAGUUUCUCCUGUCCCCAGUGUGUCCGCGAUGGCCAGGCCCACCCCGCCGUCAUCUCUGGCGCCGUCGACUGGAGCGAGCACACGAAGCGCAUGCACCACAAGUUCUGCUCACCAUGCAUCACCGAGGAGGGCCUCCGAGACGGCGGCUCGGCGCCCGAGGCGUCGCGGCAGCAGAAGACGGCGGCAGCGGGCGUCAAGCCGGCGAAGCGGAAGCGGGAGAAGCCUGGCGAGGAGCCGGCUCCUCACACGGGGGUUUUCGUAUUCGACCUCUCGAAGCCGGAGGCGGAGGAAGAGGAGGGGAACCCCCCCAAGAAGGCCCGGACCGCGGAGCCGGCCCCGCACCGCGCGCGACAGCAUCGCCACCCGCGUCCUGACUCCCACGAAGCUUCCGCUUCGGACGAGCAUCAGUCGCCGAUGUUGUCAGCGCAGAGGAGGCAAAGCUCCUGCUGGCCCCUGUGCGCGAUCGCUUGAGCGGCGACGGCGCCGCCUCCUCGUCCUGCAUUUCCAUGUCCGCGCCGGUGACCUCCGCCUCGUCCCCGUCGUUUCUCCUGCGCUUCCUCAGCUGCCUGCUGUUCCCAGGCCCUCCGCUGGUGCUGAUGCUCGAUGCUGUGGCCGCAGAGGCCUGCAUGUCGACCGCCUGGACGACGUCCUCCGCGCCAGCCAUGGAGGACUCUCCCGCCGCCUGCUUCUUCUUCUUCUUCUUCUUCCUCCUCCUGCCGGAGUCCUCCUCGAUCAGAGCAAGCUCCUCCAGCACCCACUCCACCCUCAGCCGGCCGCGGCGCACCAGCGCCUCGUGCGCGAGGUAGUCCCUCGCA